AGAAUACUAUAGCUCAUUAGAACUCAACUCCCGGCAGUUCCAGCUUAAACGCCACCGGCCACGAGGCAUCACGAGGUGCACAACCUAACCACCCAUCCAUCCCGGCUCAGCCAGCGCUUCGCUCCUCGGAUCCGCCGCGAUGUUACCUUAUUAUAAGUACGUUGUAGCAGCGACGAAUCGUCCGUCAUCUUCCCCAACUCCGAUCCAUAGUAGGCCAGUCCAGAACACGAGGCGGCGGCUAUGGGCGGACAUGGCCACCCUUACUCGCCGGCGGAGCUGCAGCUGCCGGGGUUCGUGCCGCAGCGGCUGUCGCAGGCCCAGAUCGUCGCGCCUUUCGCGGGCACCGCCGUGUUGGCCGUGCUCGGCGCCUGGCUCGUCUCCGGGAGAUGCGGCGGCGGCGGCAGACUAUCCAGGACCGACCGCUUGCUCAUGGGCUGGUGGCUCUUCACCGCGUUGACCCACCUCGUCUUCGAGCCACCCUUCCUCUUCACCCCGGACUUCUUCAGCAAGGAGAACCCAAACUACUUCGAUGACCUCUUCAAGGAGUACAGCAAAGGUGACUCCAGAUACGCCGCUAGGGACACCGCCAUCGUCGCGCUUGAAGCGAUAACCGUCGGGCUCAAAGGCCCUGCAUCGCUCCUCGCAGUCUAUGCGAUCGCAUCCCGGAAGCCGUACGGCCACAUCCUGCAGUUCGCAGUCUCGUUAGGCCAGCUCUACGGGUGCCUGUUCUACUUCGUCACCGCGUACCUGGACGGCUUCAGCUUCUGGGCGAGCCCGUUCUACUUCUGGGCGUAUUUCGUCGGCAACAACAGUUUGUGGGUGGUCAUACCGACGCUCGUCGCCACGAGGAGCUGGAAGAAGAUCUCGGCAGCGUUUCAGGCUGACAAGGUCAAGACCAGAUGAUGAUGAUGAUCCUGCACUGUUCCUGCGACCAGCGACCCUCCGUUUCGCCGCCACGGCCUGGAGGAAGUUUCUUUGGAAGGCACAAAAAUGCAAUGCAUGUUGUGCAAGAACGGGCAAACCAUCAUGACCGUGUAGUUUGCGAGAAGCAAACCUUGUACCUUUUUGUGAAAACUGUGCUGUUUCACCCAUCUUGUUCAGUCGUAUGCAUGCCAGGGUGACUGGGUGAGUGCAUAUAUAUGCAAUUAUGCACACAUAUCUGCAUCGUGUUUCAAAAAAAAUGUAUACCUGAUCUUUAAGGUGACAUACAUUUUACAUUGAGUUAGUGUUGAUGAUGA